UGGUGGUCUAUGGUUUAUGAAUUUGUUCAAUAAUAAAUUCUGAGUCAUAGACAAAAGCCCUUGAACAAACUGAUUUGGAGCCUUAUCUGAGUUAACAGAACAAUCUAAACUACAUAUUUGUACUGAGUUAUCAAACCUCUUUGGUUUUUAAAUUGAAAUUACAGGUUGUUAGAGCCUAGUCUUCACCCAAUACGAAAAAGGCUCUUUAUCAUGAUGGAAUCAAGCAAUGAAGAUGGCGCAACUUUUACUAUCCAACUGGCGUGCAAUGAAGACUUAAACCAGAUGACAGAUUUGAUCCUCUACACCUUCAUGAAGCAGGAACCAAUGACCCACUCAAUUCUUCGGGGAAAAAAUUUGGAAACCACCUACGGUGAUGCUGUUCGGAAAACAGUCGAAACAUCGAUCAAGGAGCGAGCAUCCACAGUAGCGAAAUUGCCAGAAGUUGCAGGCUUGACCAUCACAAUUAGUGUCUCGCUUAGUCAAUAUUUAGAGUUCCGGACACUUAUUCCAGAGUUUGCGGGCGCCUUUAAAGCUCUUUACGAGGCGAGAUGCGAAGAUUUGCCUGAAAAAUUUCUACGCCUGAGAUUAGUCACUGUUUCAGAAAAGUUUCAGAGACGAGGAACUAGUGGAAAGCUCGUGGAUGACGUAAUAAAUAGAGCCAAGCAGAAUGGCGAUUUGGCCAUUGUUGCUGAGGCGACUGGUAUUUAUAGUCAACGUAUUUUUGCCAAUAGAGGAUUCCGAUGCAUCAGUGAGUUGAAAUACUCGGAGUACAAGGACGAAAAGGGAGACGUCGUGUUCAAAGGCACUGCGCCUCAUAGCAGCUUAAAAUUAGUUGUACUGAACGUAUGAACUGCAUUUUUACUCGAUAAAAAAAUUUCUUUUCCAGUGUA